AUGGGUGACUACACAAUCCGGAUAAGCACCAGCUUGAUCGACCAGCUUUCGCGCGAUGACGAGAAGGUGAAAAGGAGGACCAGGAAACCCAAGCCGAAGAAGGUCGUGGAGCAACAAGAGGAGCCUCGGGACAAUGGCAGGGAACUUCCAAGCGAGCCCAAGAGCAGCCCUGCUCCCGCUCCUGGGUGGGCGUUGCCGCCCCCCAUGUACCUACCAGUGACCCCUGCUCCUCCACCACCCCCGCCGGCAAUCCAGGAAGUGGAAACCAUACACGCCGUGGUGGCGGAGAGCGAGAAGGUGCUGGAGAAGCUGCAGAAGCAGGAGGCGACGAUGCAUGAGGAGCUUACCAAGAGGGCCAAGGAGCUGCACGAGAAGGAGUUCAAGCUGCCCUACCAGAACCCCUCACCGUGCACUGACGAGAGGGCGGGCUGCGCCGAGUGUUACCAGAGCAACAUCCAGGACCCGCUCAAGUGCGCCGAGGCGGUCAAGAGAUUCGAGGCAUGCGUCAGCAUGGCGAGGCGGAGCGGCACCAUGGGGGCUGCUCAGUGA